AUUUGUUUGUGCCCCCCUCUCACUCAUCAAGAGGUGGACCGGUCGUCGCCUGGCAGCCGAGACUAUCAGACAGAUGCGAGGAGGCGGUCAGUUACUCCAGCCGAAGUGCCACAUAAUCAAAUAAAAGUAAGUUUCCAUCAACCAUACAAGCAGUUUUUGGUCCGCUGGUCAUGGCUAAAGACCCGUUGGCAGAGGCUGGUCUUCAUUUUGAUGAACUAAACAAACUACGAGUACUUGAGCCUGACGUGAGCCAGAAAACCACAGAGCUCAAAGAGGAAUGCGAGGACUUUGUUGACAAGAUUGGCCAAUUUCAGAAAAUUGUUGGUGGACUUAUUGAACUAGUGGAUGAACUAGCAAAGGAAGCAGAAACCGAAAAAAUUAAGGCCAUAGGUGCAAGAAAUAUAUUGAAAUCGGUUGAAAAGCAACGUGAGGCCCAACAGCAACAGCUUCAGUCUCUGAUCGCAGAAAAGAAAAUGCAGUUGGAAAGAUAUCGAAUAGAAUAUGAAGCUCUUCAAAAAGUGGAAGCAGAGCAGAAUGAAUUCAUUGACCAGUUUAUACUGCAAAAAUGAGUGCCGUUUGUUUUCUUCUAUAACAUCCUGUCUUUUGGACAAGUGAUGCUAUGCAUCUCUCUUACAGUGACUUUCCAAUAAGUGCUGGGCCCCAAGUUAUAGGUUAAUUGAGUUGAUCAGUCAAUAGGUGACAACCUUCGACUAUUGUUAACAUUGAGUGCUGUUGCAUGGCCAGUUCCAGGGAAAACACACUUCCCACAAUAGAUCAUAAUCUCAAAUGAAUACUAUUUAUAUACAAAUUAAGUUAUUUAUACUAUUUAUAUGGAAGAUUACUUUGUAAAUGUAAUAAUUUUUACAACAGGAAUAUACAGUAUUUGCAUGUUACUGUAAAUAAUUCCAUCAUGAGACAUCAUGGGAUAAAUGUUUGCUUUUUUUUUCAAUUUGUAAUUCAACUGCUGUUUGUGACUUGAACCCAUUUACAAUUUUACUUUAUCAUAUUCUCAUGACAUCUUUACAUUUUGAUUGUGGGACCACACCAAACAUAUUUAGCGUUGGAUAGAAAGCAGACCAAAUAGUGCAUUCAUUUAUUAUUUGUUUACAUUUACCUUACUGGGUAGAUCAUCAGGGGUGUUAUCUCAAUAUUUGAAAAACUUAAUACAAAUUUGAAGUACACUUAAAUAAAAAUAUAUUUUGCAAUUACAUAUGUGUAUUUUGUCAUCGGUAAACAAAAUAUGCAAACAAAUACAGCUUUAGGUCAAAAAGUGCAAAACAUAAGGAAGCUAUGGCAACUAAAUGAAAACAAUCUUAAAAGGAUAGUUCACCCAAAAAUGACAUUUCUCCCAUCGUUUACUCACCCCCAUGUCAUCCCAGAUGUG